CCUAAUUUAUAGCAAUUCGUGUAUACUUUACGUAUAAUUCUCGUGAUAUUUAUUUAUUAAAUACUCUAUCUGAAUUUUUAGCGUAAAUGUUUCGUUUUUUCCCCCUCCUGACAUUGAGGAAACUUAAAUUGACAGGUAUAAGUUUACCUAGGUAGUCCCAAUGAUGGCACUUCCGGAAUCUCGACAACAGACAUGAAUUAAAAUCAAAUCUAGGUAGCGCUGAUCAUACUAAUAUAUUGAUAUAAACGUGAUUAAAUGCUAUGUGGGUAAUUGGUUGUUAUAUAUUACAAUAGUUUUAAAUAAAUUCGAAAAUUUGUCUUUUUUGAAGAAUUUUAGAUUUUAUCUAAUAUUAUAUUUGUUAUUUUUUCCUAUAACAAUAUAAUAUCGGAGGUUGUAAAUGUUUCUGAAGCAUUUUGGAAAAGUGCACUUCAAGAGACUUUUUUCAUAUGUUGGAAAAUGACUUUUCAGAAUUAGACGUUGACAAGAGUAUAUCUUCAGAUAUUAAGUUUGCUAUUCACCUCAGUUUGCAACCCGUAGAUGGCAUUUGUAGUAAUUGCUCAUUUUGCUGCAAAUUAAUUUAUAGAAAAGUUCGUAAUUCUUUAUCAUUUAGAUGUUACCGAUGUAAAAUGAAUAGUUUGCCUUGUGAUGGCACAUUCAAAGGAAAAUUUGGAAAAAUUUUGUGGGGGUAUAUUUUUUCUUUUAUAUGGCAUUUGUUAUCUAUUAAGUAUUCGUUGAGUACUACUAGUUUGGUCGUGGGCAUUAGUAAAUACACUGUCGUAGAUUGGGCUAAAUAUAUGUGCCUUGUUAUGGUGAUUUCUGUAAGUAAUUCGUCAGAAUUGAAAAUUGGGAGCCCGGAGAAAAUAAUUGAAAUAGACGAAACUAUGAUAAGCAAAAGAAAAAGGAAGUAUUUUAAAGGGAAUGUGGGUUGUUGGCGGUAUUUGUCAUCAAGAUAACAUGUGUUUUGUAUGCAAAGUGAAUGAUAGAUCUGAACAAAGUCUUAACUGGGUAAUUUUAAAAUAUGUAAAUUCAGGAAGUACCAUAUACACUGACAAGUGGAAAGGGUACAAUCGUAUUGGUGACUUAGAAGGCAUUGACAUUACACAAAUCCGUGAAAUGUGCUGAAAAUUUCAUUGACCGUGUAACUGGUUAACCCAUAUGCAGAAAAUAGUAUGUUUGUUGAAGAUCUAUCAGAUUCUUACUUAUUUUAUGUAUAAGAUAAUGUUUAGAUGGAAACGUUUAAAAUCUGAAGAACAUUUUGAAUUAUUUGCUAAGCAUUUGAGUAGGAUAUAUCCUGGUGCUGGACAACCAAUUUAGAAAGAGCCAGAAAGUUUGCUUUCUGCCCCCGAAAUAAAUACAAAGAAGAAAGAAAAACUUAAAAAUAAGAAACUGGAAAUGUAUGUUAGAAAUAUUGUUAAAUUGUCAUUUAAGAGAAAGGAUGAAGUUUCUAAACAAAUAGAUGAAUCGUGUUCUGUGCCCAAAAAAAAGAAGGGAAAUAAAAGUAUGGUAAAUUGAAUAAUGGAUAAAAUAAGCCCAGGUGAAGUCUUAAGUAAAAACGAAUGUAAAGAAUUGGGAACAGAAACUGAAGCUGAGAAGCAGUUAAAAAGUUUGCUGCAGAAACAAUUAAAUACAAAUGUCACACUUAAACAGCAAUUCCAACAACAUAGAAACUUUUCACCAUCUGGAAACUAUGUUCCUAUAAAUGAAACUGUUAGUGGUGUUCUUAGUAUACAUGACUUUCAAAGCCUUGAACAAAAAGAUUAUAGAGUUCAAGAAUUACAGAAAUGUGGCCUUACCAAAGAGGAAAUAAAUCUUUAUUUGAAUUGUACUGGUAAACAGCGUUUAAAGAAGAGCUGUAAUUUGAAUCCCGAUAUUCAGAAUGAAAGGCUUGAUGAGAUUAUGAAAAAAAUUCAAGAACGUCAUGAAAUGUUGAAUAAACCUACUACAUUUACUGGUGUAAAGCAAUUAAAUCGUCAUGAGAUGGAUAUUGAAAAGACACUCUAUGUUGGUUGUCAGAACAAAGAGCAAUUAAGAAGUCUUAUAAAUAGUAAUGAAUCACAUUCAUUAGAAGGACCAUACAAGUAUAUUUUAGAAUUAUCAAAGAAGAUUGAAAAAUAUGUCAAGUGUAAAAAACGGAAAAGAAAUCACGAGAAUUCUACAAAUGAAUUUGAGACAAUUUCACAAGAAGACCAGAAGAAUGUAACUGUUUAUGAAAAGCCUGAUCCUUCCAUAUUACAUGCUGCUGCAUUGUUAGAUAUUAAUACAAUUUUAGAAAAUAGAUUAACUAUAGAUGAGAUAAAACAACUUCCUAAAUUUUCAAAAUAUGAUGCAGGAAAAAUUAACAAGGUUCUGUAUGUUAAAAAUUUGCAUCCCAAAACGGAUAUACGAGAAUUAGUUUCACUUUUUGACAGAUUUACUAGCAAUAAGGGGGAGCCUCCGUCCUAUCGCCUCUUGACUGGAAGAAUGAAAGGUCAAGCAUUUGUUACUUUUGCAGAUCCUCCCCUAGCACAAAGUGCAUUAGAAUUGAUUAAUGGUUACAAAUUACGUGGGCAGCCUAUUAUAAUUGAGUAUGGCAAAAAAACUGAAGUUUAAAUUAUUUAUUAUUUAGAAUUAAAUAAAUAUUUUUAUUACUUAA